UCGUCAUCUACGACACUUUCUCUUUUCUCCGCCGCGUUUAAAGCUCAAAGUUGAUCUCAUCUCUGCAGCUCGUGGAUCAUAAAAUCUUCCAUCUUUUCGGCGGUACUGAGUAAUAAGAUAAGUAAUAAUAAAACUGACCUUAAAGCAACAAGACAAACAAACUUAAUAAAACAAACUAAAUACAGCACCACCUUCAAAAUAAAACACACAAAUAUUUUACAGCCAUUAAGACAUGAACUCAUAAAAAAAAAAAAAUAAAUAAAUAAAAUAAAAAAAAAAAGAUCAGUCGUCUCCCCUGACUUUAAUUACUUAAUUUGUUUACAUUUUGUAUAAUAUAAUUUCUUGUUUUUAAGUUCUUUCUUCUUCUUCUUCUUUGUUUAUUAUGUAAUGAUAUUUUGUCUCGAUUAAUAUUAUGAUUGUUCCGUCUGUUAAAAACAAAAUAAUAAUAAUUUAUUAAAAAAAAAACAAAAAACCAAACAAUAAACGUAACAGUCACGUGACCCGGAAGUCCCAGCGCUGCCAAGGCAACAAGAUGGCGGAGCCCGCGGAUCCACGUGAAUUUGAGGAGGUUCCUGGUCUGUCUGAUGAUGAAGAGGAGGAUGAGGAGGACCAGUGGAUGGAGGAAGAGGAGGAUCAGUCUGUUCUGUGUCUCUUCUGUGAUCGGUGUUUUAGUUCAGUGGAGGAGACGCUGCAGCACUGCUCCUCACAACACAACCUCCACCUGCCAGAACUCAUCUCCAAACACAAUUUAGACGAUUACGGUUUUAUAAAGAUGAUCAACUACAUCCGCUCCACCGUGAGUUCUUCUCCGAUUUGUUAUUUCUUAAUUUGA